UGUGAUGCAACAUUCAUAUAAUUAUGUUUCAAAGGAACCACUGAGGAAAACUGACAUUCCUGGCCUGUUGUAAAUGCCAGUGGCAAUGACAAGGUGAUAAACUGACAGCGUUCUUCAGGCAAAGUUGAUUCUGUCAAAAUAUUUAACAAAUUUAACAAUUUAACAUCCUGAUAGAAGUGAUAUUGUUCAUAAACAAUCAAGUGUAACUGUUCAAAAUAAAAGUCUGGCAGUGUUUCACGAGUUUAAUGCUAUUAAGGAGUGAAACUGAAAUGUUUUGUCUGUGUUUGCAGUGGUUAAAAAGAACUUAUCUGUGUCGACUGCUCACAUCACAACUUCAGCUGAGCAAGAGUCAAGUUAAAGGUCACCUGUGAGGAUGUAGCGGGCCGGAUCCGGCUCCAGGGCCUUAUGUUGCCCAUGUGUGGGUUAUAGCUUUAAAAGUGUCAUGGGUUUGUUUUAGAGAUUAUGAGCAAAAAAAUGACCACGGUGCCAUCUCACACCAGGUGUGUUUCCCCUGUAGCAGCGUCAUAAAAUUGGCUUUAAAAUAAAACAACAUCCUGUUCACGAAUUUAGAUACCAUCAAUAAAAUGGUGUUGUUAAAUGGGAUAACGGAAUCUCUUAUGAGUCACGGGUCAUGUCACCCACAGCUGAGUCUGCCUGAAAGAACCAAACACCCAUCGUCAGCUCCUCUGUGCACAGUGUGACAGAUGAGACAAGGCUAAGUCAACUGUUACACUUGUUAUUGUAUAGCUUUUUUUGUUGCUCAUUGUCAUUGCACAAGGUGAGAUGGUGAACUGCAGCUCUCCUCCAUUUUGUCUUCCAGAAAUGAUUCAUAAGUGAAAUGUUCUAUAUACCAUAGUUUUCUUUUGAUCUUUAAGAGAAGGUUAAGUGGUGUUUCUCUCUGCACUCCUCUGUGAACCUGCUCAACAGGAAUGUGUGAUGAAACAUGGCCAUGAGCGUAGGAGGAGGAGCCGAGAGCGUUUUGUUGAGAUUGCAACAGUUUUGUUUGCUGUUUAGUUUACUUUCAUUUGUGAUCUGACACCCUGUGAUCUAUCAUAAACACCUGCGCGAAAGAGACAAGACAUUUUAUUUUGCAAUUUUGUGAUUUCUGAAAAUAUCAGCUGUGGAAAGACUGGAUGGAGCUUCCCAUGUUGAGACGCAAGCGACCUCGGUUUGCUGAAUAUGAGAACAAACCUCCUGUGUCCAGAAAGAACUGUUUGGCCAGUCCUAAAACUCUGCUGGACACAAAACAUCUCAGACCAGAGACGAGCUGUGUUCACCCCUGUACACACAAGCCUGAAUACCUGACUGACAAUAAGCAUUUCUUUGACCAAAUAUCAUCCUGGUCUGAUACUGAUUUCUCCGUGAAGAGGGCACUGGAGCACUACAACCACAGAAAAGCCACCAGGGAGGUUUUCCUCGACGACCAAGUCAACAAGAAGUUUUUGGGAUUUCACUGUGACAUCACAGAGGAAUGCGGUGCAGAGGAGAAACAACAUUCGUGGGCUGCGAUUGAGAAACGGGAGGAGAUUGUCAUGUAUGGACCUUACUAUCCAAACUACAACAGCGGAGAUCACAGCGAGGACGUCAUUAUCAGACAAACACAGGAACUUCUGCAGUCAGACGAGUUCACACAAGACUGGAAGGUGUACGUUUUCACUAUGAACAGCCCGUGUUUGGCUCGAAACACUAGCUCAUGCAUGAUAAACCUGGUUCAGAAAGCGCACGAGUGGUGGAGUGUGUAUGGAGUCAGGACUCAUAUUGGUUUCAUGAGAUGCUGGGGCUUCAAAGGAACCAAAGAAAAUCUGUUCAGGGAGGUCGACUAUGGCCAGGUGGACUGUAUAAAUCAGACACAGGACCACGAGGACUAUGUUAAAGCAGCUAACACGAGACCUGAUCUCAAUCCUUUAUGUGAAAAUGUAAGUUCUGCCAUUAAACACCUGCUGAGAUCUGUAAACCUGAGUUUUUCUUUGAAGACCCUGGUGCAGGGUCAAGACUGGAAGAGUUACUUCAAAAACAUGCACUGUGUGUUUGAAUGCGAGCCGGACGACGAGAAAAAAGCCUUAACGCAGAAGACGAGCCUCAUGAUAGAAGCCGCUCAAGCUCGACUUUCAGAAGAAAGUAGGAGUUUUGAGGGACAUUUGGAGAGCGGGAAUGAGUUUGCACUUGAUUACACGUUUGGUCCACAGGGAUCUGAUGUCCUCCACGAAGACAUGAGACUCACGUUUCAACGGAGCUGGCAGGAGAUGGUGCAAGACAAAUACGCUGAGUUGAUUAGGGGGAAACUGACCGACGACUUCAAUCAAUGUGUCAUCCAGCUGUUUGUCACAGAUUUCUUAGAGUGCACAAACAAUUUUUUGCACAUAGGAAGAAUCCAGCUGUCCAAUGAGGAUGCUGUUGAGAAACCAAACCCUUUGACAAGAUCGCAAGGAAAAAGGCUUCGACACUAAUUAUUCUACACAUCUGUGAUAUGUGUUUGAAGCACAUUUAUGGCCUUCAUACCAAACAUUCUUACCAUUCGCU